AUGCAGAGGAAUAAUACAAAAGAAGAAUGUCGACGACUUUCACAACAAGAGCUCGUCAAGGAACUCAAACAAAAAGGAACAUAUAAUCCAGAUUUGAUGGCAUGGGACGUGCGAGGAAUUAUUCGGUUUUUCGAUCGGUCGAUUGUUGAUCAAUAUGAGCGGCAAUCUAAGAAUAUACCAAAUGACGAAGAAUCAAGAGAACAUAAUAUCUAUACGCUAGAACGUAUCCUUGCUGAACUCAAUCUUGAUUGCAACAUUCAUUCACCAUCAGUUACUGCUCGAUUGCAGAAUUUAACAGCAGCUGUGGCUCGUAGGUCUGUAAUAUCGCCAUCGAUACGGAUUGCUGAAAACGACCAACGUUUUAAAAGGCAAGUGGUUCAUCAAUUACUUCAAUCGCUUCAUGCACCCGAAAGCAGCAAUUCAGAAACAAAGGAAGAGAAUUUAAGCGUUAAAAAACAGAAAUUGAUUGGCAGUGUACACACUGUUCCCUUUGGCUGUGACAAGAGAGGAGGUGAAGAAGAUGGUUAUCUACGUUUAUGUAGCGCAUGUCAAGCUAUCAGAAGGCUUCCUAACGCUUUUUUUCCUCCAUUUAUCAAUGAAGUAGUAUGUGAUGACGACAAAGCUUGCUUAUACUUCUAUGAUUUCCCUCACGGUAAAUGUAAGCAAAAACAUAUGAAUUUUGUCGUAUUAAAAAAUGUGGGAACAGACGAAUGUCAAAUUUGGCAGAAAUUUAAUUUAAAUGUUCGAGUUUCAUGCGAAUGCUUCGUAGGUAUGUUUGCUUUUUUUUUUAAAAAAAUCAAGUUCCUUGUGGAAAUGGAAUUGAUAAAAUUGGUAAUUCGAUAA